AUGUUAACAUUGAUUACCACCAUUUUGUGUGUUGUCUGUUACUGUUGUCAUCGCAACAUUAAAAAACGUACUGAAGCCGCGUAUCGACAACAACGUCAGUGGUUGGAAAAUGAUCCAAAUAUGGAAAUUUAUAGUGUGGAACAGUGCUACGAAACAUCCGGUCUCUUUGUGGGCGAUUCUAUGGAUGGUUUGGCGACAAUACCAGCACUGCACCACGAACCACCACCAUCUUACGAUGCUGUGGUAGCAAUGCAAGAGCAACAACAAUUGCUAAUACAACAACAUCAACAGCAAUUAUUGAUGCAGCAACAAUUGUUGCAACAACAAUUGCCAACAAAUAAUUCACCACCUCCUGGCUAUAGAUCAUCAUUAGAUGUUAGUUCCAUAAUACAGGGUAGAGUGAGUGCACUGGGCGGAGUCUUGGGUGUUGGAGGAUCUAUUAUAAGUGGCAUGGAAAUUAAUUCUUUGGCUUCAUCCGAUGCUAAUAUUAGGACAGCUACCAGUCAUUCUCCCAUAGAUCCUCUACUAAACUAUAAUGAUGUCAAUGGUAAUAUGACAAAUGCCUUAACCGUAGCCACCACAACUCCCACCAACAAUCGUGCAAGUGUAAGCUAUUUACGCAACAAACAGCAGCAACAACAACGAAAUGUUGGUCCCAACCAAUUGAGUCAAUUGAAUAUGAAAAAAGUGUUGCAGGCUCAAUCCUGCUGUUCACUACAACGAGCCGAAGUGGAAAAUAUGUGGAAUGCGGCAGCAGCAGCUUUAGCAGCUAGAUCUGCUCAUUUAACCAGCGAAUCGCGUGCCUCAACAACAGCUUCAACUAGUUCACCUACUUUAGCCAUGAAUGCCCGCAAACUAUCGCAGGGUUAUAAUACCUCCAAAUCGAAUACACCCGAAACAUUUGGCAGUCGUUAUCUUAAACAAAACUACUAUAGGCGUGGCUGUCCCUUAUGUGGUAAAUUUCGUUAUGAUAAUGAUUCAAUACUCUCCAUUUCAAUGGAAAGUAAUUUAGAUACACUGGCAGGUGCCUUAGCAGAAGAACAGUCGACCACUAAUGGCCAGGAGAGAAACAGUGAAAGCACACAAAAUAAUUUAAAUAAUAACGAUAAUUUAGCAAAUAAUUUAAAUGAAAAACAACAACAAAAUGCAAAUGAAUAUGGGAAUGAGACAGAGGACAAUGAGGCAGCCGAUAUGGAGGAUGAACACGAUGACAAUGAUAAUGAUAUAGAACAACAAUGUUCUUGUGCGAAUACAAAAAGAAAAUUUAAACAACAAAAUCAUUAUCAAAAACUAAAUACACAACAGGAUAAUGGAGAAGAGAUAGAAACAUCAUUGCAACAGGUGGAAAUAAGUGUUCCUGAACUAAUACAUAAUAGAGAAGACGACAACACAACAACUGAUGCUAAUGCCAAUUGUGCAAUAGCAACAGCAAGGCAAUCAACAACAACAACAACAACAACAACAAAUCAAGACCCCACUAAUAAUAACAAUAAUAAUGAUAUUUUAGAAGAUUCCUUGCCAUCUACUUCAGCCGCAACGGCGAUCACGAACCCACACAAUCCCAACACAGUUGCCACCUCCACUUCCGCCUCUACUGCUUCAACACCAGCCUCGGUAACCAUAAAUUUGGAUUGUAUCAAUGAGAAUGGCAUCAUUAGUUUGGAUAUGAGUAAAAUUAUUGAUAAAACUGGUCUACCCACCUAUGAUGCAGCCUUAAAACUAGAAUCCAGUGGUUACGUUUGAUAAUUUUUUUUGAAAUUAACUAAAUUAACUUUCUUAAGAGAAAAAAAAAUCAUACACACACACAAAAGUGCUUUAUAGUAUUAAUAAUGGGGAGAGAUGAUAUUUGAAUAAAAUGAUAAUAAAAAAUUUUAAAUCGAAA